AUCUACUUCACUAUUGUCUAACUUCAUUCAACAACUCCACCCCCUCCCCCGUCCGUCCCUCACCGGCCACCACCACCACCGCCACCGCCACCACCACCACCACAGAAUCCCAACCACCUUCGAUAUUCAACAGCAAAGAGAAGCAGAGCAUGUCGGAAACGACGGCGGAUGGAGCUACGCCGUCUCUCUUCUCCCCUUACAAGAUGGGCAAGUUCGAUCUCUCCCACAGGGUGGUGCUGGCUCCGAUGACCAGAUGCAGAGCACUGAACAACAUGCCCAACGCCGCCCUAGUUCAGUACUACACUCAGAGAGCCACCAGCGGCGGAUUUCUCAUCACCGAGGGCACCAUGAUCUCCCCAACUGCCGCAGGGUUCCCGCACGUGCCGGGCAUAUUCAACAAGGAGCAAGUGGAGGAAUGGAAGAAAGUGGUGGAUGCUGUACAUGCUAAAGGGGCUGUUAUAUUCUGUCAGCUCUGGCAUGUGGGCCGGGCUUCUCAUCAAGAGCUUCAGCCAGGUGGCAUUGCACCGUUGUCUUCGACGGACAAGCCGAUAUCGAAGAGGUGGAGAGUGCUACUGCCAGAUGGAAGUUACGGUAUAUAUCCAAAGCCACGCAAAUUGGAGACCAAUGAAAUACCUGAGAUCGUCGAACACUAUCGCGAGGCAGCCGUUAAUGCAAUUGAAGCAGGAUUCGAUGGUGUUGAAAUCCACGGAGCUCACGGUUACCUAAUAGAUCAAUUCCUCAAAGACGGAAUCAACGACCGUACGGAUGAGUACGGUGGGUCCCUCCACAACCGCUGCAAAUUCAUCAAGCAGGUCGUCCAAUCAGUCAUCUCCGCCGUCGGCGCCGAACGGGUCGGCGUUAGAAUCUCGCCGGCGAUCGACCACCUCGACGCGACCGACUCGGACCCGCUCAGCCUCGGCCUGGCGGUGAUCGAGCGGCUUAACAAGCUCCAAACGGACCAUGCAGCGAAGCUGGCUUACCUCCACGUGACCCAGCCCCGUUACGCAGCCUACGGGCAAACCGAGUCGGGCCCACACGGGAGUGCCGACGAGGAGGCGAGGUUCAUGAUGACGUGGCGGAGAGCUUAUUCGGGAACGUUCAUCUGCAGCGGCGGGUUCACGCGGCAGCUGGGGGUGGAAGCGGUGGCUGAGGGGGUUGCUGAUUUGGUGGCGUUUGGGCGUUUGUUUAUUUCGAAUCCGGAUUUGGUGACGAGGCUCGAGAUUGAUGCGCCUCUGACUAAAUACGUGAGGAGCACGUUUUACACGCACGAUCCUGUUGUGGGGUAUACGGAUUAUCCUUUCUUGAAAGAUGGCACCGGAAAAACGGCACCCUUAUCGCGUAUGUGAAUUUCGGGGUAUAUGCUAUAUAUAUAUAUAUAUUGUGUAAGCCUAGCUCUGGAUAUUAUUGAAAGGAAAAUUGUGUGUAUUUUUUAUUUAUGUGGUGGUGUAUUAUCUGUAUAUCAUGUAGUAGUGCAUGGCUUGUAUUGAAGAAUUUGGUGGUGUUGCCUGCCUGCAGUUUGAAUCUAGUCCAACGUUAUUCACUUCUGAACAACAAUGAUGCUCAUUUAUAGAGAAUAAAUGCACACUUGCCUAUAUUUAUUCUUAA